AAGCAUGGUGGUAACAGAAAAAACCAAGAAAACAGAAACGAAAACUCUCUUCUUGUUCUGUUAUCUGUAUCAUCCAAAUACUAAUCUCACAACCCAAUUGAUCAUUAUCUUCCAUCCAAAAACCAAGAAAAACAAAUCCAAGAACACAAAUCUCUCUCUCUUUUCUCUCUCCUUAUGCAAUGGAAAACAUCAACCACUCUCACCACUUCAUCAUCAUCACAUUUAUCACACUCACAAUGUUCACAACCUUCACACAAUGCACUAUCCCCACAACCACCACCCUCACCACCAACACCACAUUAGCAAUGCAAGAAAUAAACAAUAUUCUUGACGCACUAAUAGGGUCAACAGACACAAGCAUAAACCAAUGGGCAAACAUAUUAUCAAUGACAAACUCAACAAACCCAUUACUAACCCUAACACUCUUCAUCCCACAAAACCAACAAUCAUCACAGCCACCUUCUUCAUCAAUAUUAGACCCAUUCACAUUCCCAUACCAUAUCAUCCCACAACGUCUUACUUUCUCCGACCUCCUUCUCCUCCCUCGUUACUCCCGUCUCCCAACUCUCCUCCCCGGUAAAACCAUCGCGGUUACCGAUAAUUCCUCCGCGAAUUUCACACUUGAUGAUGUUGAAGUUACUCAUCCUGACCUUUAUUCUACUUCUUAUCUUGCUGUUCAUGGUGUUAAGACCAUUCUUGAUUACUCUACAUUUGGUGAUGCAACCAUGAUGCCUACUUUGCCGCCUUUUUUGCCCGUCGGAGAAACAUGGAAGUCCGCCUCCUCCUCCUCGGCCACCACGUUCAAGCUCUUCUUGUUGGUUCUAUGUUUUAUUCUUCCACAACUCGUUUUCUUUGUGUAACACAAAACAAUGCAGAUAAAUUUUUAGUUUUUUUUUUUGUUGCUUUCUUGGUUGCAUUGCAUUAUAUGUAACUGAUUUUAUUUUGGGAAGGUUUUGAUUCGUUGUAUUGUGUUUUUGAGUUUGGUUUGUGAAUAUGCAUGCAAUUAUUUUGUAGUGUAUAAUUGAAUAAAGAGGUGUUUUUUGUU